CAACGUACACAAGUAUAACGAUGCCCAGUGUCCAUCUGCGUUCGUAAUUGUUCAUCGAAUAAUAUAUUUACUGCUGCAGGUGACUUCAAUGAUAUUCUUUGAAAAUUAUUCACAAUGAAAAAUAUUCGUCAGUUUCAAAUUCAAUCAAUGAGAUGGCGAUCGACAGCUACUGCACAUUCGCCCCACGUCUCCACGGGAUCACCCGAAGACCUAGAAGUGACUAAUGAUCUUACCACAGCCAAACACUAUAGUCAGGUCCCAGGACCCACGCCAUGGCCAAUUAUAGGAAACACUUGGAGAAUGUUACCAGUCAUAGGCCCAUAUCAGAUAUCAGAUUUGGCAAACGUUUCCUACAUUCUGUAUAAACAAUACGGGAAAAUAGCAAAGUUGGGCAAUCUUGUUGGUCGACCGGAUUUGUUAUUUGUGUACGAUGCUGAUGAAAUAGAAAAAGUGUAUAGACAAGAAGGCGAUACACCAUUUAGACCUUCUAUGCCGUGUUUGGUUAAAUAUAAAAGUCAGGUUCGAGGACAAUUUUUCGGGAGACUACCGGGUGUCGUCGGAGUGCACGGAGAGCCGUGGAGAGAAUUCAGAACUAAAGUUCAAAAGCCUGUCUUGCAACCACAAACUGUUAAGAAAUAUAUUCAACCAAUUGAAGAAGUUUCUGACUAUUUUAUAAAAAGAAUGCAAGAAAUGAAAAACGAAAAUUCUGAAAUGCCAGCUGACUUUGAUAAUGAAAUUCAUAAAUGGGCUUUAGAAUGUAUCGGUCGUGUGGCAUUAGACGCAAGACUAGGUUGUCUCAGCCCGGAUUUACCGAAAAAUUCAGAGCCACAGAAAAUAAUCGAUGCUGCAAAAUACGCACUCCGCAACGUGGCCUUAUUAGAGCUUAAGUAUCCGUUUUGGCGAUACUUGCCAUCCACACUCUGGAAAAAAUAUGUUUCAAAUAUGGAUUAUUUCAUUGAAAUUUGUAUGAAGUACAUUGACGAUGCAAUGUUGAGAUUAAAAAAUAAAUCACAAUCGGUGAAUGAAAAAGAAUUGUCUUUGGUUGAGAGAAUUUUGGCGAAUGAACCUGAUCCAAAAACUGCUUACAUAUUGGCGUUGGAUCUUAUUUUAGUUGGGAUUGAUACGAUUUCGAUGGCCGUAUGCUCAAUGCUUUAUCAAAUAGCCACACGACCGGAAGAACAAGAAAAAAUACAUCAAGAAAUACUGAAAAUUUUACCAAAUAAAGACGAUAAGCUUGACGCGAGUAAAUUAGAAAAAAUGGUUUACUUGAAAGCAUUUAUCAAAGAAGUAUUACGAAUGUAUUCAACUGUGAUUGGUAAUGGUAGAACCCUUCAAAAGGAUAUGGUGAUAUGUGGAUACAGAAUACCAAAAGGAAUUCAGUUAGUUUUUCCAACUAUUGUUACGGGGAAUAUGGAAGAAUACGUAACGGAUUGUGAAAAAUUUAAACCUGAAAGGUGGUUGAAACAUUCAACAGAUUAUAUUCACCCAUUUGCUUCGUUGCCGUACGGACAUGGGCCAAGAAUGUGUCUAGGAAGAAGAUUUGCUGACUUAGAAAUGCAAGUCUUUUUGGCGAAGUUGAUACGAUCGCACAAACUUGAAUAUUUGCAUAAACCAUUGGAAUACAAAGUAACAUUCAUGUACGCACCUGAUGGCGAACUUAAGUUCAAAAUGACUGAGAGGCCUACGACGUUCAAUAAUAAAAAUAGUAAUAUGUCCGUUUUGGCCAGACGGUUGAGGAAUUUACGGAUUACAAUUGACCAUGCUAACAAGUCGACUGAAGCUUUUACGAGCGUAUUACAAGGAGAUGUAGAUUUUGCCAAAGAGUAUUCGGAACUACCGGGCCCUAGGUCGUUACCGUUGUUGGGAAAUAAUUGGAGGUUCAUGUCAUAUAUCGGUGACUAUAAAGUAACUGAAAUAGACAAACUGUCGUUGAGAUUAUGGAAAGAGUACGGAGACAUUGUAAAAAUCGAAAAAUUGCUCGGGAGGCCGGAUAUGGUGUUUCUAUACGACGCUGACGAAAUCGAAAAAGUAUUCAGAAAUGAAGAGCUCAUGCCACAUCGACCAUCUAUGCCAUCAUUAAAUUAUUACAAGCACGUUUUAAGGAAGGAUUUCUUUGGUGAUCUGGCCGGUGUUAUAGCAGUGCAUGGUGAAAAAUGGUACGAAUUCCGAGCUAAAGUACAACAACCUAUGCUGCAACCGAGAACAGCAAAAUUUUACAUCGGGACUAUUGAAGAUACGGCAACAGCCUUUGUCAAUAGAAUAAAAAAGAUAAAAAAUAAAGACCAAGAAGUUCCUGAUGACUUUUUAAAUGAAAUUCAUAAAUGGUCGCUUGAAUCUAUCGCCAAAGUGGCAUUAGAUCAAAAACUCGGGUGCCUUGAAGAUGAACACGCAGUAGACUCGGAUACGCAAAAUUUAAUAGAUGCCAUCAACACGUUUUUUGCAAAUGUCCCGGAGUUAGAGUUAAAAAUACCAUUUUGGAAAUUAUUUAGUACACCAACUUGGAGAAAGUACAUAAAAGCGUUGGAUACCAUUACCAAUGUUACAUCCAAACAUAUAAACCGAUCAAUGGAUCAACUAUUAUCUCAAAAAUCAUUUUGUCCAGAUAGCCAAUCAUCUUUGUUACAAAGAGUGCUUAGUUUGGAUCCAUCAAAUCCGAAAUUAGCUCAGAUACUGUCGUUAGACAUGUUUAUCGUUGGCAUAGACACGACUUCUGCAGCUCUUGCAUCGAUCCUUUAUCAAUUAAGUCGACACCCAGAUAAACAAAUGAAGCUUAGAGAAGAAAUACGAACCGUAUUACCAAAUGCUGAUUCAAAAUUAACUUCCAGCAAACUUGAACAGUUGCAAUAUCUAAAAGCAUGCAUAAAAGAAACGUUGAGAAUGUAUCCUGUGGUUAUUGGAAAUGGUCGCUGUAUGACCAAGGAGACAAUAAUAAGUGGAUAUAAAAUUCCAAAAGGAGUGCAAGUCGUGUUUCAACAUUACGCUAUUAGCAACAGCAGUAAAUAUUUUUCACAGCCAGACCAGUUUUUACCAGAAAGGUGGUUAAAAGGAAGUGGUUAUAAACAUCAUCCGUUUGCUAGUUUACCAUUUGGUUAUGGCAAAAGAAUGUGUCUGGGCCGUAGAUUUGCUGAUUUGGAACUUCAAACAGUUGUUUCAAAGAUUUUUCAGAAUUUUGAAGUCAAGUACGAGUAUGGUGAUUUGGAAUACACUGUACAUCCGAUAUACAUGCCGGAUGGCCCACUGAAAUUCAAAAUGAUUGAAGACUAAAACAAUUUUCUUUAGGAAUUGUUUGUCAAUGCCAAAUACUAAAUACCGCUAGCUAUUACAUCAUACAGUCAAAAUGUAAAUAAUUUAAUGUAUUUGUGUUAGAUUUAAAUGUAUAAAUAAAAUACACUAGCUAAGGAUUAUUAA